GAGGGCUUUUGCAUCCGCUCUGAGACUCGGGACUCCUGUGCAUGCGCUUUACUGGAGAGAGUCAUCCCUCCAGUCCCGUUUCCUUGCAUGUUAAAAAACCUCCGUGCCAGCCACUCGCGCCUCUAACCCUGUAAUCCCGGCACUCAGGAGGCAGAGGAAGGUGGAUCACUGUGAGUUCGAGGCCAGCCUGGUCUACAAAGUGACAGGACAGCCAAGGGCACACAGAGGAACCCUGCCUUGAAAAACGAAAUGAAAAAAACCUCCAUGCAUGGUGGAGGUGCCAUGUCGGAAAGGAACGGAGAAACCCGAUAAAGAUGUUGUAUCAGAGAACAUUCUACUUCCACUUUGAGAACCUCCUCUACGCCAACGGCCGAAAGAAUACUUUCUUGUGCUACGAAGUGAACAGAGUAGAAUACAGUUUGCUUGUCCCCGUUUGCCAGGGGAUCUUUACAAAAGAGGGCAACCUCCAUGCUGAACUGUGCUUCCUUUACUGGUUCCACAACCAGUUCCUGGAAGAGUCCCCCGGCGACGAGUACAGGAUCACGUGGUACCUGUCCUGGAGCCCCUGCUGGGACUGCGCGGAGCAGGUAGCCGGGUUCCUGGCCACACACCGCAACCUGCGCCUGGCCAUCCUCAGCGCCCGUCUGUACUACUUCUGGGACCCACAUUACCAGGAGAAGCUUCGCAGGCUGACUCAGGAAGGAGCCUGGAUGGGCGCCAUGGACUACCCAGAAUUUAAAAAGUGUUGGGACAAGUUUGUGUACAAUGGUGGCCAGCCAUUCAGGCCUUGGAAGAGACUGAAAAGAAAUUUUAGUUUCCAGGAUUCCAAGCUUCAGGAGAUUCUCAGUAGCCCAGGGAGCCUGCUACAGGAAGAAGUGUUUCGAGUGCAGUUCAAUAACAGUCAGAGGGCCGUGCCAAUCCAGCCGGGCCACUACUGCCGCAGGAAGACCUACCUGUGCUACCAGCUGGAGCAGCCCGGUGCCCAGGAGCCACUCAGAGGCUGCCUGAAAAACAAGAAAGGCAGACAUGCAGAAAUCUGCCUCAUUGAUGAGAUGCGUUCCCUGGGGCUGGGCAAAGCACAGAUUACCUGCUACCUCACGUGGAGUCCCUGCAGGAAGUGUGCCCAGGAACUGGCUACAUUCAAAAAGGAUCACCCAGACCUGGUUCUGCGUGUCUACGCCUCCCGCCUGUACUUCCACUGGAGCAGGAAGUACCAGCAAGGGCUGUGCUUCCUGUGGCUCUCAGGGAUCCAGAUGGACGUCAUGGACCUCCCGCAGUUUACUGACUGUUGGACAAACUUCGUGAACCCUCAAAGACCGUUCAAGCCGUGGCAUGGACUGGAAAAAAACAGCCGGAGCAUAAAAAGGAGGCUCAGGAGGAUCAAGGAGUCCUGGAAUCUGCAAGAUUUGAUAAAUGAUUUUGAAAAACUACAGCUUGGACCCCUGUCGCCCUGAAUGGCAAGAAGAGAUUCAAGACAGUCUCUAGACAGCCUUUGGGUUCUACCCCAAUCCCAAGUCUAGAAGAUCUUGCUCUCCUGUUUUAAUUUUCCCUUUUGGUUUUUUGUUGUUUUGUUUUGUUUUUGAGGACAGGGUCUCACUAUGUAGCCUGCUUCUCUGGAACUCACUAUUGGAACAGGCUGGCCUUAAACUCAAAGAUCCACUUGCCUCUGCCCUCUAGUGCUAGAAAUAAAGCGUGCUCCACUGUU